AUGAUUGCGGCGAGGGUGUUUUGCCGCACGAAGCAGGUGGGCGUGUCUGGAUCCCGACCUGACGAUUACAUCAUCUUCUUCACAUGGGUAUAUCUUAUCUUCCAGUCACUGGGAUGGAUCCAAUUCCGACUUACACCAUGGCAGUCCCUCUACACUUCUGUAUGCGUGAUGGCAACGCUCUUCGCGCUGAUUGCCCAAGGCAAACACACCUCGCUCCUGACCGCGGAACAGCGCACGGCAUUGCCAGAAUCAGAAUUCUAUCAGUGGGAGUACGGCUCGAAGAAUUUCGUCGCGGGCAUGAUUAUCUAUGCGACAGUAGUGUGGUCAUUGAAGUUCAACAUGUUGUUUUUCUAUCGAAGGUUGGUUGCGGGACAGUGGGUAGACAAGUUCAUAUUCCCUGUCAUGGGUCUAGUUGGUGCCACAGCGGUUGCGAUGGCUCUGAUCAUUGCCCUGACAUGUCGACCUCUCUAUCUCAUGUGGCAAAUUCGCCCAGAUCCAGGAGAGAAUUGUGUGCCACAAAACAAAGUUUACUUCUACAGCAUCUUCGUGAUGAACGUCAUCACAGAUCUAUGCAUAAUUGCCAUUCCUAUACCCGUGAUUAGUCUCGUCAGAGCCUCGAUAUGGCGCAGAAUCGGAGUGUAUUUCCUUUUCAGCUUGGGAGUUUUCAUCAUGGUUGCUGCGACAAUCCGUGUGGUUCUCAUUUUUCACCCUACAGGCGGAUUUGGCCCAGGGGCAAUGUGGUCAAUUCGUGAGGACUUCAUUGCCAUUUUCGUUGGGCAGGCCCCCAUGGUGGUGCCUCUUUUCAAGCGGAGAGUAUGGGCUCAAUUCUAUCACAAGUACAAGUUCACACCGAAAUCAAGUCAGGGCUCGGAUGGUAUAGAGUUGAGUGAUGGGAUUUCCAGCAACCAUAACAACGACAAAAAGAAGCCAAAAGAUCCAUACAGUCUUACACAGCUAGGGUUUACUCAUGUUACAAAUGCGACUCUUGGAACACGAAAUGCAGCAACCUCAGUUGCGAAGAACAGCUCAGAAAAGUUAGCGGUUGCGGCGGAGGAAGUUUACAUAUUAGCUCCAUUCAGAGACUUUGGGCCAGACCUAGGAGCAAUAGAAUUUGUCUCGAGAGAAGAUCGGCACAGUCUCGAGAUUACCACUGUGUCCGAUCUCCCCAGGGCCGAGACAAGGAAAAUGGUCAGCAAGAGAGGAGAGUUGUAA